AUGGCCAGCCCACGGACCAGGAAAGUUCUUAAAGAAGUCAGAGCCCAAGAUGAAAACAACGUGUGUUUUGAGUGUGGAGCAUUCAACCCCCAGUGGGUGAGCGUGACCUAUGGCAUCUGGAUCUGCCUGGAGUGCUCGGGGAAGCACCGCGGGCUUGGGGUGCACCUCAGCUUUGUGCGCUCUGUUACCAUGGACAAAUGGAAGGACGCGGAGCUCGAGAAGAUGAGAGCUGGGGGGAACGCAAAGUUCCGAGAGUUCCUGGAGUCUCAGGAGGACUAUGACCCGUGCUGGUCCCUGCAGGAGAAGUACAACAGCAAGGCCGCAGCCCUCUUCAGGGACAAGGUGUCCGCCCUAGCUGAAGGCAGAGAAUGGUCUCUGGAGUCCUCGCCUGCCCAGAACUGGACCCCACCCCAGCCCAAGGCGCUGGCAACCACUGCCCACCGGGCCUCUGGCCACCCACAGAGCUCCACCGGCUCCUCAGACAAGGCGUUUGAAGACUGGCUGAAUGGCGAUCUCGGCUCCUACCAGGGGGCCCAGGAGAACCGCUACGUCGGGUUUGGGAACACAGUGCCCCCCCCCAGGAGGGAAGACGACUUCCUCAGCAGUGCCGUGUCGUCCCUGUGCUCGGGCUGGAGCAGUUUCACCACUGGAGCGAGCAAGUUUGCCUCGGCUGCCAAGGAGGGUGCAACGAAAUUCGGAUCUCAAGCAAGUCAGAAGGUAACAAAGGAAGCUUCUGUGUUCUGUGCUGUUAAAAUUCCUAGUCUGAUGUCCUAUUGGUGUUUGGACUCUGUCUGCCCCAGCAGUCCCCAGGGGGUACUGGAGCUGGGCCGCCUGUGUCUGCUGUUGGGAGUCAGGACUGUGCAGGAGGCAGCAGCCCUGGAGGCGGUCCCAGGCCGGAGGAUGGUUGCUUCUGCAGCAGAGCCUGCCCGAGGGUGA